AUGUCUUCCAAUGGAAACUACUCCGAGCUGGAGUCUAGACCUCGAACAAGAGCAUUGCUGGAUCCUGUUAGUAUCAAAAACCCCUUUGAACAUUCAACCAUUAAUGCCUAUGGCCAUACUGCGAAUAUAGUUCCACCGUUUGUGUUGGAUACCUUAACAUAUGCCAGUAACAGAGAACAAAAAGAUACAGGGGCUCGAGAUGUUAAUGUAGACGCCAUAUCCAAUCAAAGAUCCAAUAAGGAAGACCGUCGUCUGUAUGCUUCAUCUGCCAAUAUGACAAGAUAUGCCACCGAUAACAAUACUCUAACCACAGCGGUUACUGAGGAUGCCUUUGGAACUAAUGAAGAUGAAUAUAUAAAAACUAUAGAUGAUACUUGGCAUAAGUUUCUUGCUUCUGUUACUCAACCCAGUGGGUAUGAUCGAGAUGUUGUUACCUUUGAGACAAAACGACUUCCAGAUUUAGGGUUGGAUAAGGAAUGGGGUGGAGACCAUCGAUUGAAACUGGCAUUGGUGGGUUCUUCUUCUCAAAAUAGCAGUGAUGAAGAUAAAGAUGAUCGAGAUUACUUUUUAUGCUUCCCCUUCUUUAGAAAGCCUAGGAAAUCUAAAGAUUUUGAGUCUGAUUCACCAAAAGUAAGAUCCAGAGCUGGGUACUGGAUGUCUAAUGAAAAGAGAAAGAUCGUAAUUCCAACAUUACAGAGAAUGUUUUUACUGAAUCCAAUGGUUCCAUUAAUUCUUCGUGUUGUUAUCAUAAUACUUGUGGGUACAUCAUUAGGUAUGGCCAUAACCAUAUUUCAAUUUUCCAACAAUAGAAUCGAUGCAGUUGCACAACAACCAAGCACAAUAAUGGCUAUAGUGGUACAAUGUUUUGCCUUGGCUUAUUUGAUAUAUAUUGCUUACGAUGAAUAUUCUGGUAAACCUUUAGGACUUCGGAAUCCAAUGGGUAAAAUGAAACUUAUUUUACUUGAUUUAUUAUUCAUCAUUUUCUCCGCUGCUAACUUGGCAUUAGCAUUCAAUACUCUUUAUGAUGAUAAAUGGGCUUGUGUUCGAAGCAAUAGUUUUACCAAAGUGGGAGUACCUUCAGGAAAGAUUGGUUCACUUUGUCGUCGUCAAAGAGCUAUGGUUAGUUUUUUGUUUAUGAUAUUGUGUUUCUGGUGUUUGACAUUCACCAUCAGUAUUACUCGAGUAGUGGUUAGAGUUUCUGGUGUUGAUGAUAUACGAGGCUAA